UACAGCCUACAUGCGCGGCGCGCGAAACUAUUUUUUUUUUUAACAGCAAUGGCGUCUACAGCAGGUCGACGAGGAAGGAAGCGCAAAGCGGAGGCUCAGGCCGAGGAGGAGAAACCAUCUGUGGAGGAGAAGAAGGACAGAGGAGAGGGGGAAGACGACCAGGAGGGCCAAAGGGUGGUCAUUGAACACUGUAAGAGCUGACGAGUGUAUGGGCGUAAUGCUGAGGAGGUGAAAUCUGCCCUCUUAGCUGCCCACCCUGACCUGACUGUGGUCCUCAACCCUGAGAAGCCGCGAAGGAACAGCUUUGAGAUCACUCUGCUGGAUGGAGGCAAAGAAACCUCUCUGUGGACUGGGAUAAAGAAGGGUCCACCGCGUAAGCUGAAGUUUCCUCAACCUGAUGUCGUAGUUGCUGCUCUAAAGGAGGCUCUGAAGACCGAGUAGACACCCAGUGAAGCCAAGACUUCAGGAGACGUGGUCUGUGGAAGCAGAAUGAUGAGGAGAGACCAAUGGGAUGUUCUCAGUCCCUCCUCUGAUGAACCAGGCUCCAUCAGCUCACAUCUUCUGGGUGCAUGGUGACACCUAGUGGAGUGUCUUUGAGCCAGCACAUUACUCAGAUGCUGUUAUGUUGUUUUUUAUGUUUGUUCUUCCCCAUUUCUGAAUGGUUUAAUUUGCUUAUAUAACAUUUUUUAGGUAAAUAAAGUUUCUUGUUUUGUAAAUAUUGGAUGUUUUUUUUUAUUAACUCUGACCAAACAGUCAGUGUGUAAGGAGGAUCUUGUAACUGCAGUUUUAGGAUUUUUAUUGUCGAGUUGCAGCUAAAUUGCAAAGAGAAUUCUUGCAGAACGGGGAUUGAUUAAAAC